AUGCAACGAAACUAUGGCGACGGUAUGCCCGUCUCUUACUCACCUCCCGGUGGUCCAGGUAUGAGCAAAAGUCGGAACUGCACAACACAAUCAACGGGCGGGUCGACGGCCCUUCCUAGUGUAGACACUUAUUACAUUCACUCGCCGACUGAGACAGGUCAUCAGUCUCAGUCACAUCCUCUACCCACGCAAUAUCCUAGUGCCAUCAAUACAUCUCUACCCCAAUACCAAUAUCCACAAAUCCACUCAGCCGGAUCCUCUUCUCAGAGUAUAUGGCCAACCCCCCCCUCGACCGCUUGCGAGGAGGACAUGGAGAACUACUCUUUUCAUGGUUCUCCAGCAAGCGGUCCGGGGGGGUUACAUCAUACUAUGCCGUCUAUGCCCAGCCCCAGAACUUGGUCACCUCCAGAGGCUAGCCAGAUAACCUCACAGCAAGCCUAUCUCAACGAGUCUAACGCAAUGCAAGGUUUUAACUAUAGGAGUUGUCCUCCUCUACAGUACGAGCAUCAGCAGCAGAGCCAAAUGACUUCUCCCGUCUAUGGGAACCACAUCUAUCCCAACCCUAACAUAGACGUAGACACGAUGGCGCAACAAGAGGCACCUCAUAUUUCCUCUGCCUUGACAAAACCUAACCCGCUGGUGCCAUCUCGGGACAACUCGCCUGUAUCGAAACAGGGACAAGGACAAAGGCAAGACGUUGCUUUGAACUCGCAAGAGGCCAAUGAAGUUUCGCGACAGCCAAGACCGGUCGGUAACGAAGAAGGCAAAAAAACGGAUGAGCCAUAUGCGCAGCUGAUACAUAGAGCCUUCAUGAGCCGCGAGCCACACGCGAUGACUCUCCAAGAAAUCUAUCAAUGGUUCCGCGAGAACACGGAAAAGGCCAAGGACGAUGACAAAGGUUGGCAAAAUAGUAUCCGGCACAAUUUGAGCAUGAAUCAUGCAUUUGUUAAGCGCGACCGCAAACCAGGUCCUGGGGAUCCUCUGACCGAGUCAGGUGAAGCGAAGAAGGCGUCAGAAUGGGUCUUGGAAGACUGGGCCAUACAUGGCGUACAGAGUACGACACGGUACCGCAGCAAGGGGACGUCUAAUCGCCGCGGGGGGCUAAGCUCCCAUGGGCGGGCGCACACCAACCUGUCAGGGCGAGCGAACUCUGGUCGUAAGGGCGGUCUCUGUGCCAGCAAGUCCAAAGCCGCAGCCACCAAAAGGGCUAUACUAAACCAACGAAACCACGGCUCGGCAUUCCCAAGUGUUAGCGGCAACAAUAUGCAUCAUCAUGUUCAGCAUAUUGUUUACAACUCGCAUCUUGGCCUCCAGUAUUCGGCUCCUCCAAACCUCAGAGGCGAACCAAUAACACCCCCAGAUCCUAGCCCAACUGAUAUGAUGUUAUCAGAACCGUUGCAAGCCCCAGGCUUGCCGACGACUGAUACAGGGCAUAGCUUCUCUUACCCCUCUGCCUUUCCGGGGUAUGGCCAAAAUAACCAUCAUCAAGGCUAUCACCUUGGCGAUACAGUUUACCCCCUUGAAGAUGUUACGGGGAUCUAUCCUGGACAUUCUACAUCUGCCCAUGCGCAGACUACUCCACUCAUCCAGUCGGACCUCAACGCAAUCUUUGAGAGUUCCGUCCACGAUCCCAAUGAAAGUCGCAACCACCACAACCUUUCAUUUCCAUAUUGGCCUGGACAGCCAACCGGAGGUGCAUAUCAACCAUAG